UUUUUCCGUUUAGUUACAUGAAUAUAAAAGUCGUUCUUUUAUCUCUCGGGUUUUCGACGGAAAGUAGGUUUUCAGUGAUUUUUGAGGUCAGUGUGUCAUCUUGGAAAACUGUUUGACUCAGAAGACUUCAUCGACUUCAAAAGCUUUAAUCGUGAGGCAGUAUUCGGUAUUCAAAAAUUCUUUAGCAAACGCAUCCGCCUAUCAAGCACUACCUUAUAGGGCUCUGGGAAAGUUACACCUGUAUCGACAAGAAACAAGAAGUACUUCCCUUCCCAUGCAAGGUACAGUAUCUACACUGAUAUAAAGAAGCUGUUCUUCUGACCCUCGUACGUUGAGUGUUGUGGCUACCGCUGCUCUAACUCGUAGUGGCCAAAAUAUGGAGCUGUAUCUCUUAGUAAUUUUGGCGCUCUCUGUUUUCACACAAGCUGUUCCUAUCAAAGAUCUUGGAUCUCCAGCACAAGAAGAUGGUCUAGUUGAAGAGAACGUGCAUGAAAAAAUCUACAAAAUAAACAAACAGGACGAUCUUAAUCUGUACGAGGGAGAUAUUUUCAUCCCAAUCCAAGAGAGAGGCGAAGUCGACUUUAGGAAAGAUGGCGAUGUUGAUGGUGAACUGGACGAGCGAAGCAAGCGUAACGCAGUAAGGGAUCGAAAAAAAAUAUGGCUGGGCAAAGUCGUACCUUAUGAGUUUGGCUACGGUUUCCCAGUUGAUUACGAAAAGGUUGUGCAUGAAGCCAUCGCUGAGUACCACAACAAGACGUGCGUACGAUUCAAGCCGAAAACAGACGAUAAACAAUGGAUAACUUUUGUUUAUCGAAAAGGGUGUUGGUCUGCAGUGGGAAGGUCAUACUGGUUGGAUGGCGUUGGACAAGAAGUAUCUCUGGGCAACGGUUGUAACCAAAAGGGAACAGCUUUGCAUGAGAUUAUGCACGCUCUGGGUUUCUGGCACGAACAGAGCAGACCUGAUAGAAACCAAUACGUUGAAGUUCUCUGGGAAAAUAUCAUUGAAGAUGAGACGUACAACUUUAACAAGUACAGUCACGGCGAUAUCGACACGUUAAAGAUUCCUUACGACUUUGAUUCCAUUAUGCAUUACGGUGGAAAAAGCUUCUCAAAGAACGGACAACCCACAAUACGAUCGAUUCUCAGUCCUAGUAGACUACUUGGACAAAAAGAUGGCUUCACGAAUUUCGAUUUGCAAGAAUUAAACGCCUUAUAUGACUGCCAAGGUAUAAACAACAACUCGCCUUGGAGCUCCUGGUCAGAUUUUGGGCCAUGCAGCAUCGGAGACUGCACAAAAUACAGACAACGUUUCUGCACGUCUACCAAUAGACAAAAAGACUGUCCUAGCGCUGACUACUACGGCGUGGAGACUAAUAUUGUCAAAUGUACUAAAGCUGAAUGUCAUGCACCUGUGCAGGGUCACUGGGGUCGUUGGUCAUCCUGGGGUCAAUGUGACGCCCCCUGUGGCUAUGGGAAGCAAGUAAGAACGAGAAGAUGCGACGAUCCACCGCCAAGAUUCAACGGUACUGAUUGUGUUGGCAACAGUAGUGGAACACAGAAGUGUAAAGCUAGGUCAUGUGAUCUUGGUCCAGACGAUUGUGAGUUUGAUGUAGAUGGGAUGUGUUUCUGGUCGAAUGAUAAGACUAAUAACGAUAGAUACCAAUGGGAGAGGAACGAUGGUGAAACCCCGAGUAGUGCCACCGGGCCUACCGGGGAUCACACUUCGAAAACAGGAUCCUACCUCUACGCUGAGGCCUCGGGCCCAGCACAAGCAGGAGACAAGGCUAGGUUACUAAGCAAGACCUUCAAAGCCACAGAGGGGAGGUGUUUGUCGUUUUGGUAUCACAUGAAGGGUUCUGGUAUGGGAACACUUAAUGUACACAUCCAGGAUGGUAAUGGAGAACGACAGGUUUGGUCUGUGUCUGGCAAUAAAGGCGAUCAAUGGCAACCUGGUGAACUGACUAUCACGAGUCCGACAGAUUAUAAGGUACUAUUUGAAUCAAUCAGAGGACCUGAUUUUUUGAGUGACAUCGCUCUUGAUGAUGUCAAAUUUAAGGAAGGAGUUUGUACUGAAGCGAUUGGUUGUUUUUUUGACAGCCUGUCAAACCGCUCGUUCCCUAAAAUGAUGGCGAACCUGCGCCCUAAUAUUGACUGGUUCAACAUGAAUAAAACUGUUCAAGACUGUGCUAAACUUGCUGUAAAACAGGGAUACAAGCUCUUCGGGCUUCAGUUUUACGGGGAAUGUUGGAGCGGAAAGGAAUCAGAGAUUCAAUAUGACAAGCUCGGUUCUGACCCCAAUGGCUGCUGGGAAGGAGUGGGAAAAGCACAUAGAAACUUUGUCUAUAAAGUUCUAUAACAGAUGAAACAAAUACCACUGCUGAACUGAGGAUCCUCUAAAUUUAGAAUAGUAACCUGAAUACGUCUCAACAAUUAAAAUAUUUUUCUUAGAGUUGAUGGAAGAAAUAUGUUGUUUUAACCUUCAAA